AUGUGUCCAACGAUUGUGGCGGCGAAUUUGUUGGAAUGUGUGGAAGGACCGCAGAGAUACCAGAAAGCGCUAAAAAAGACGCAAAACCGGUCCACGCAUAUUCUUGUCAUUGGAGGCGGCGUUAGCGCUCUGAUAACAGCUUGGAUUCUCCUUGACAAGGGCUACCGCGCCACUAUCGUGUCUAAGGAACGGGCAAGUCUUGCGAAGCCGUUGAUUUCGCUGAUUGCUGGGGCUUUGUGGGAAUACCCUCCCGUCUCGGGAGUGGGCUAUGCAGAGUUCGAGCUCUAUCAGUUGAUGGCGGACCGAGAUAAGCUUAUUGGUAAUGGUCUGGAACGGGCUGCUGGAGCUGGGAAGUUUGGGGCGAAGAUGAAGACCUUGUUUCAUGAUGCCAAUGGAGGAACGGAUGUCAACUCAGGGGUGUUGGCAGUUUUAGUGUACCCGAAGAAGCAGUUUAAUGUUGCUUGUACAUAUCAGCAUGCAGCUCCCAUGAUUGAUACUGAUGUUGCUAUGGCGUUUCUGACGAGACUCGUUCAAAGUAAUGGGGCGGUUCUAGAGACUAGAGAAAUCAUUGGUGAUCUCCGUCUUCAUGAGCAAGAGCUAUUGAGCGAAUAUCACGCCGAUAUCAUCGUCAAUACAAGCGGCAUAGGAGCUCAUAUUCCCCUCCGCGGAGCAGUCAAGAAGAUCAAGAGGUCGGAGGGAUACCCAGCGGAUCAUGCGUUCCUUCUUCCGGCACAAAUGAAUCAUGAUGGCUCGGUGAGUAAGAUGGUCUUCAUUGUUCCUCGUAACGAUGAUACGCUCGUGAUCGGCUCAAUCACUCAACGAAACAACUGGCAGCUGAAUCUCUCGCUUGACUCCCCUGAAGUCAAGGCGAUAGGGGAACGGGCGACUGAGUUUCUGCCGGUCCUCAAGGAUGCAGAGAAUGAGACACGGUCUCUUGCACAGGGCUGGCGACCCUUCUCCCAUUUGAAUGUGAUCUGCCAAUGGAUGAUGGCGACUCGUUGA